AUGAGUAAAAUCCUACGUAAGUUUCUAUAUCUUGCUCAACUAAUAAAAGUAAAACAACUCACUUGUGACAUUUCUUUCAGCAAAAAACCUCCUUCCCCAUAUAUUGAAGAGCUCGUCGAUUAUGGCGCCGAAACCGGACAUGUCUUAAGCACCCAAUGUCUACAACCAUUCAUCCUUUCCAUAUUUCUUUACAGGGGAGCAAAUCAACAUAAAAAAUACCCUGCAGUCAUUGAAUUCCACGCGUUCACUGGUAGAACAGAGUUUGAUAACCAGAAGGCAAGGGAUCUCGCUAAACUCGGGUAUGUAGCCUUUGCAUCUGAUGUUUACGGCAAAGGCGUCGCGUCAAAUGAUACCAACGAGAACUUUGCUUUGAUGGCGCAAAUGCUUUCCUUGCGGACAACGACUCUUCAGCAAAGAAUACGAGCAGCAUGGAACCUGGUGAAGCAGUUGCCCUACGUGGAUAGUCAGAAGAUUGGUUGCAUUGGUUUCUGCUUUGGUGGUCUCACCUGUCUGGAUUUGGCUAGAUUCGACGUCGGUCUCAAGGCUGCAGUCUCUUUUCACGGGACCUUAACUGACUACCCGGGAAACAACACGUCUAUCGGAGCGUCUAUUCAAGCUCAUCACGGCGACAUCGAUCCGCAUACAACCAAUGCCGAUGCUGAGUCGUUCAAAGAAGAAAUGCGAGCCAGAAAUGCGGAUUGGUUCUUCACUUCGUACUCGGAUGCUAUGCAUGCCUUCACCUUGCCAGGAGUUGAGAACUGGGGAAUUCCUGGUGCAGCUUACAACGAGAAAGCGGAUAAGCGGUCAUGGACAGCCAUGCAAACAUUCCUCGCCGAAAAACUCCUAUGA